AUGCAGACGAGACCCACCGCAUCAUACUACUGGAAACGACGGGAUCCGCAUAGUGAUUUAUCAAAAUAUUUAGAUGAAGCAUAGGAAAGAAGCAGAAGACAAGAGAAUAUUCUUUAGAAGAGAGGAAGAUGAAUAAGUGAAUAAAUUUGCAGGACACGGUCGCGAAUCGUCGGGUUAUCACCACGCGGCCGUGGUCGAAGUCGGCGCCAUGGUGCUCCAAAAUAUGUUCAGGUAUUCGGAGAAUUUCAAGAUUUUCUCAUUUAAAAACAAAAGCGAAUUCCUUGUAAAAACAAAGUUUAGGCCGUGUUCAAAGUAAUUUCGUCAAAAUUCGAAAUUAUCUCUUUCGUUCCGAAAUUAAGUUAUCUUUUUCCCUUUCUGAUGGCUACUUCAAAUUUCGCGAAACACUCUGAACAUGAUCUUAGAAAUGGGCGUUCUCCUAACUUUCAGAGAUGUCAAUAUUACAAUAUUUGCAGCGCUCUCUCGUUCCUGCACUACCGGAAGGACGACGAUUUCGUCGACCGACUGUCCUACUUCUACACGUCGUCGUUCCUGAUCAUGAUGGCGGUGUUGGUCAGUUUCAAGCAGUUCGGCGGCCGACCUCUCGAAUGUUGGGUUCCCGCCCAGUUCACCGCCAGCUGGGAGGCCUACACGGAAAUGUACUGCUGGGCUCAGAACACUUACUGGGUGCCCAUCGACCAGGUAUCUUUUACUCUUCUUCUUCUCGCUCAAAGAAGCUUUCCAGGAGAUCCCUAUGGACAUCUCCGACCGAGAGUACCGCCAAAUAUCCUACUACCAAUGGGUUCCAUUUUUUCUGCUCCUUCAAGCCUUUCUCUACUACAUUCCCUGCCUUAUGUGGCGAUUGAUGAGCGACAAAUCCGGUUGGGUUUUCUUCUUUUUUUCCAGAAAUAACGAAGGGGAUUCAGGAAUACGGUUGAAUGACAUUGUACAGUUGGCGACGGAAAAAGAAAACAUCGAGCCGGAUUAUCGGAUACGAACCAUCGAGUCUCUCUCAAGACACAUCGAAUCCGCGCUUAGGUUCGUUUUCUUCUCAUGGAGUUUCAAAGUUUUUGCUUCUAUCAAUAAUGAAAUUCUGAAUUCUUUGAAGUCCCGGAGCAAAAAUUUUAUUCGAAAAGUUUUAGACUCGCAAAACCGACUCACUAUAUAUUUUUUCAGUUUUUGAUUAAUUACACACUGAAGCUGAGACUCCAGCAGAAUCAUUUAUUGAGCUUUGGAAAUUUUCGAGGAGAUCAGAAAAUUAUUUAUAUAUAAAAAGAAGUAAUCAAUAUUUUUUUUCAAUUUUUGUCACUGGCUUUCAACUAAAUUUAUUGGAAAAUGAAUGAAGCAAAUGCACAUCUUCGGAUUAGAUAUAAUGAUUCUUGCAUAUUUUUUUUUUUUUGAAACAAUUUUUUUACCUUUCAGCCACACUCAAUUUGCUCACUCAGUUAUAAAUUUUUGAUUUAUCGACUGGAUGAAAAUAGACUUUUCGAAGAUUCUUGUGACUUCAAAGAGCCAAUUUUGAUCUAUAAAUGAAAAACUGCUUAUGAAACCGUAUAAAAAUCAUAAUUUCUGUCAAUUGAGUUUGGAAGAAUAAUAAGUGAAGAAGCUGUACUGCUUAACUUGCAGAUACCAACACACAGCAACAUCUCGGACACAGUACACCUUACAUCGGGUUUUCAAGUGCUUCAAUAUGCGGUACUACGAGAGCUACGUCACCGGAAUGUACUUGGUCAGUUUCCUCGGCUAACUUUGAUUGUCAUAUCAACGACAGAUCAUCUUCUCAAGCCGUUAACUUAUGAGAACCUGCCGGUUAAAUAUUUUCUCUAUUUUUCUCUUUCUCUAUUUUUCUACUUUUUUCUCCCUUAACCCUAUUGAAAACCAAUUCAGCUUCUGAACUGAAUCAGUAAAAUCUCUGCAGGCCACCAAGAUCAUGUACGUCGGGAACAUCUUGACGAACCUGGUGUUGGUGAACAAGUUCCUGGAGACGGACGACUACUCCGUCUACGGCCUGGGCGUCCUGCGCGACUUGCUCUUCGGCCGGACUUGGAUGGAGAGCGGCAACUUCCCCAGAGUCACCUUGGUUCGUUUCGUCUUCUUCAGUCUUAUUCCAGAAAAGUCAUCGUUAAGAAAUGUUUUUGAAAAAUGAAAUCAAAGUUUUUUUCAUUUUUAUUUUUGGAAAAUACGUGAGCAGAACUCAAUUAGACGAAUCGAUUCACGAGAACUUCUGAAAAUAAGGUACAAAAAUACAUUUCUAUUCAAUAUAAGACUAAAUGAGUUGAACUUUUCAUUUGUUCCGACCUCGGUAACGAAAACCGGACGUGCUCUGAACGUUUCUGAGAAGUUCUAGAGAUCCCUUAAAAGUGUUCUUGCUACUAACGUGGUCACUAGAAAUGCCCUGACCCUUCCGGUUUGCGUUAUCAAGUGUUCAGAGGGUUUUUUGACAUUGUAACGGAUUUUUUUUAUUGAACUUCAAGUCGUAAUUCCCUUCACGACAAAUUUGUUCUCGAAGUAAAAUGAAGCGAUUUCAGUGCGAUUUCGAAGUCCGCGUGUUGGGAAACAAUCAGCGACACAGUGUUCAGUGUGUACUGGUCAUUAAUAUCUUCAACGAGAAAAUUUUCAUCCUCAUUUGGCUCUGGUUCACCCUUCUUUUUGUCGCUUCCACCUUAGACAUGCUCUACUGGUUCAGUAUAUCAAUGUUUCACAGGUGAGGUUUUUCAAAACAAUAUUUUAUGUUUUCUAUUACAAACUUUUCAUUUAUAUAAAAGCCUUUUUACACUGAUUCAGGUAAUUUCGGACUUUUCACCUUUUUUUCCACUGAAAAUUUUAUCUGCUACUAAGUUUUCUUGCCAUUUUUCCUCUUCAACUCUCAUUUCAGAAGAACAUAACCUCAUUUUUUAGCUUCAGUAAAUUUUAAUUCCAUUAUUUUGUUUCAGAGACCGGUUUCGCUUCGUUUUGCGACAUUUGGAGCUGACUUCAGACCCGGACAAGCCCGAAUUGUUCAGAAAAGAGAAAAGAAAACAAGUCGAGCAUUUUCUUCGAACUUACCUCAAGGUAUCUUUAUGCCCGAGUCGAUUUUUGGUAAAUGGCGAAAAGUAUUAAAAUUUUAAAUUUCAACGACUUUAACCGAUAUCGAGAAACCGAAAAUUGAAGUAAAAUUUAGUGAUUUUUUGAGGAUUUGACCUAUGUUUUCGAAAAAAAUCAAUCGACUUUUUUUACUCUUUUUGAAACUAUUGCGACUAGAAAUUGAUAAUUUUUUUCUCAUAUUCCUAACUUAUCUCAAAGGAAGAUGUUUUUUUAAUUGAUAAAAAAAAGUCUGACAUUUCCAUUUUUUUGAACUUCUCUUUUUCAAGUCUGGAUUGAUUUUUUUGUUAAAUCCAACUUUCAGCCUUUCCAAAAAAAAUCGAGAACAGUUUCCUGGACGAUGACGAACUAGAUAUCAUAUGGACAUUCAAAUUUUGAAAUUUUUCUCGUUUUUCAAUAGUUUAAUCGAGAAAUGGAGAAAAAUGGGAUACAUCAAACAUGUAUACUGCAAGAAGCCGUUGCAUUCCGAUGUUUUAUUUCAAAAAAAAUAGCAAUUUAAAUUAAUAAAGGCUUGCAUUUUUAAGAAGAAAAUUAAGUUUUUUUUUCUCAUCGUAUCUCUCUAAAUGAUCUGAACUCUAGAAGACAGAUAUGGAAACUAACCUUCAAGAAGAUAUUAAUGUUUCAAGGAAAUAAGAAAUAAAUGACAGGUCGACGGAGUUCUGGUCCUGCGGAUGAUAGCCCUCCACGCGGGCGUCAUGUUCUGCACGGAAAUCACGGACGCCUUGUGGAAAAGGUACCUGAGUCAGCAUCCCGAGAACCUCAUCGACGAGGACUCUUCCCUCAUCACUUUCGCCAGGUUUCCUUUUCAAUCUGGCCCUGUUUCCGACUCCCUCAGUUGUCUGAACGAGGAAGGAUUUCGAAGAGUCUGGUAUAAGUGUUUCCAGAGCGCAGUCAAUACGGAGGAAACGGCACGACAGCUCCAAUUCUGAAGGCCAGAAUCACCAACGGCUCAGCCGCAUCCUAUCUCAUAGGUUUGGGUUACAAUUCUUUUCAACUAAAGAAACCAUUCCAACCAAAAAUUUUACCCACAGUUCCUUAAGAAUCUGAAAAAAGUUUAAUUUUUAGACAAAAUUUUCCGUUUUGCGGUGUCACAUGACCUCAAUUAGGUUAAGGAGUUAUUUUUCGAUCUUUCACUACAUUUUUUUAGAGUCAAUAUGUUACUGUUAAUGUCAAUCAACUAUCAACUAAACCCUGAGUAAUUCCUUAAUAUAGUUUUUUUUUCAAAUAGGACGUCGACAGACAAACUUCAGCUACAAUUAAGUCCGGCUAGAAAAAAAGGUACCAAAAAAAGGCGUGAAGCGCAAUUUUUUUAAAUUCAAAAGAGAAAAAAAACUUCUUUACUUAGGUUGUAGAGAAGAUUUUUUCAUUUGGAAGUGAAGGACUUUCCUAAAUUUUUUUCCUUGAAACAAAGCCUAUUUAUAAAUCAGACUCAUCAUAAAAUAACAUUUCUGCACUUCAUCUUUGGAUUUCGUGAUGAAAAAAACCUGCUCGGUUUUUUGGUUAAAGCGGUAUCAUAGUUCCAAAGAAUUUUUUUCGAAAACAUUUAUUAUUUUUAAACCUUUUUGCAAUUAUUGUCACAAAAAAACUAUAUAUUCUUGAACUCUCCAAAUGUUCAUAGGAAACGUUUCAGAACCGGCGGCAGCUUCCGACUGAACAGAACGCAGUCGACGAAUCGAAGUCUGAACACGGAUUCGAAGGGAAACGCGGCGCCGACAGCGACGACGACGACGACAGGAACGACGGCGACGUUGCCUUCGACGCCGACCGCAGUGCCCACUUCUAGGUUUUCUGAGAUCUCAGUACCUCCUGCGAGAAUUCUGAAGACCCUCAACGUCUUCUUGUAGGUUCGGGAAGGUGAAACCGCGGCGAACCGUCGUGACGAUCACGUCACCGGCCUCGGAGUCUUCCGAGCAAAGUGCCGAGGCCAUCCCGGACGUCAACAAGCGUGAAAGCGGCCCUCUCGCCGUCUGA